CCGCUUCGGUGAACCCAUCGACGAGCGGGCACGAUGCCGCGAAGUCAAUCUCGGGUGUUUGAGGAUGGGGGGGAGGACGAGAAUCUGAAGGCGCAAAAGAAGUGUUGCGUGUACAAGUACAUCCGGGUGGGACAGAGUCUCGGCGAGAGAUUCCGCGGCAAUCGCAUGUUGAAGUGCGUUUUCUGCGGCCACGAGUUCCAUGGCAACCAGUUCGUGGCAGCGCGCCAUUUCCGCCAGGGCAAGGGAUGUCCGGAAGUGACAGACGAGGCACUUGUCGACAUCCACUAUAACAGUGAGUACAAGAUGUCCGAGAAGUUCCUAGAGCGGAUACAGCGAUUUGAGGAGCUUCACGGUGCGGCGCCUGCGGUGGAUCCGCAACUGGACGAGGGGGGGGAGGGAGAGAUGAGGGACGCGGGGGAGCAGAUCAAUGUGGACAACGACGACGAGGAGGUUGCACGGGCGGGGUCGUCAAGGAGGGAGCGAGGGAUGGGCGUUGUCAGCGAGCCGGGGGGGCAGCAGGGCCAGUACUUUGCGUCGGCGCACGUGUCGGUUUGUGCACGGGCAGGUGCGGAUACGCCUGAGGCAAGUGCGUCUGCGGGGAAGAGGAAGGAGAGAGAGGAGGGGGACAGACCGAUGGCAGCAGCCGCAGCACAGAAGAGGAUGAGACAGAACACGAUCACGGAGUCGUUCACUUCAAAGUGGCAGAUGGAGUUCAAGAAGAAGUGGCUGCGGUUUGUGUACAGUCAGCGCCUAGCGUUCAACGUCUUUCGGAGCGAGCCAUGGUUGGACGUCGUCCGACACUUCAGGGACUUGCCGGGGUCAGUGAAGGUGUUGUGGCCUUCAAUGAAUGAGAUCGCGGACAUAGAGACCAUUGUCCACACGGCGGACGAUGUGGGAGCUGAUCUCGCGGAGGUGUUUGAUGACUUCCCCCCUAAGUGGGUGAACGCCAUCUGCACCGACUCCGCCUCGGCGUACGUCGCCGCGGCGAACAUGCUCCAGGGGGCCCAGCAGAGGCCGGAGCAUCGGCGGAUCACGUGGCUCCCAUGCGCAGUGCAUGUCUGCAACAAGAUGUUGUCAGACAUUGGCUGUUCGGGCCCGUGGUCCAAGGACAUCAUCGUGAGGGGGAGAGCGGUGGUGCGCUUCAUUAAGGAGCACGGCGCCGCUCUCCAUAUCUUCCGGGGGGAGAGCAGUCAGAUGGGCCUCAUCUAUCCUUGCGAGACACGUUUCGCAUCCGUGUUCGCAAUGGUGGAGCGUUUGCUGGCAGUGAGGUCAGCUUUGGAGAGGACGGUGGAUGGCGAUAGUUGGGGUAUGGUCCCUUGGGACCAUUCAGUUUGUUAUUUGGCUAGGUGGGUCAGGUGGCAGAGGGUGCAGGCUCGAUGCGCUCACAUGCUGGAGCCGGCGCACGCCGCUGCUCACCUCCUCUGUCCCAGCCGGCGGGACUUGCGGUACUUCGAGGGUGUGGUCAGCGACUAUGACGCGAGCUUGGUGAGGGAGGCGGAAACUUACAUCUUGUCGCAGACAGGGUUCAGUGUGGCGAGCCGCGACUACAAGACCGCAUGUGCACAGUUGUGCGACUUCCACACACGGAGGGGGACGAUUGCUUGGGGGGGGAGAGACGGAGACAGAGAUGCACAGAGGUGCAGGGGCGAUGCGGAGACGUACGAGUCCGGGUGUUGGUGGUCGAGGUACGGGCAGUGCGCCCCGCAGUUGCAGGUUAUCGCUCUUCGUGUGAUGUACAUGUGGGCGUGCUCCUCUCCUGCGGAGAGGAAUUGGGUCAUCCACGAGGGUGUACAGACGAAGAAGCGUAACCGGCUUGAGUUCGAGAAGCGAGCAGGUCGUAGGUUCGCGCUGCCGUGGACUCUAGAUGAGUCGUUGUUGGACGUGGAGGGAGGUAUCGGGAUUCGCCCCUCGUGGAAGGGGACGGACGAGAGUAGGAUGUGGGAGGAGGUCGAGUAUCAGAGACGUUCAUGGCUGCGUGACCCAUGUGGGUCCAGAGCUCCUCCGGGUGAUGUGGGCGAUGUUUUCGGGACUCGAGCCGCCACAUUCCACCCGUACCCUCGAUACGACAGUGAUUCCGAGGGUCACGAGGACGAGGACGAGCCGGCGGGCCUCGCUAGCACCACUCCUGCGGCGGAUGAGCGUGAUGAGUGGAGCAACCCAGAGGACGUCCGUAGACGGAGUGGCAGAGAUGACCUUUUCAUUCAGGUUGAUUUGGAGGAGGAGUCUGGGGGUCGUCAUGGGAGCCCUUUAGAGCGUCCGAGGCCUACGUCCACCGUCUUCCCGCUGAGCGGGAGACAGAUCCUGGGUCUGCACCUUCGAGGGGGGCAGAGUCGGGGAUUGGCCAUCGUUCUCUGGGUCGCUCUGGCACGACAUCAUCCACCGCUCUUCCCACUUCGACGGAGCAGCUUCAUCGACAGCCAGCCGUUGCAGAUCGAUUGCAGAGAUUGACAGGGGUUGGUUGGUGGAGAUGGUGGUGCGCUGGCCGGAGGUGGAGGCGGUGUCGAGGCUGAUGCGGUGGUUGAGGGGAUACCGAUGGGCGGCGGAGGCAGUUUCAGUGAGUUUGGCGAUAUGGGUAUGCCCCCGGGAGAGAGUGUGGGUCUGGCCCUAGGAGAGAGCGAGUCCCGUGGGGACAUCAGUGUGGGUAUGCAGGACUUAUUGGGACAGAUCAGCUUCGCGGACCCGAGUAGUUUCUCCCCUGCCAUGCGCGCAGAGGUGAUGUUGGGGGCAGAGGGGGAUGAGGACCAGACACCCCCUGGAGAGACAUCUGCAGAGAGGCUGGAUAGGCUUGAUAGUCGUCGAGUGUGCCUCAUGGCACAGAGGGACCCCAGGACACAGGAGCUCGCCCGUCUUGCGGCCGAGGACCGACAGAGGCAGCUGGGGACAUUUACGCCGGCGUCUGUUGACGCGGGGCCAGCUGCCCACACGGAUACUCCGGCAGAGGUUCAUGACACGACGCAGCGGGAGGCAGCUUCGGCAGAGGUUUCGAGUACGGGAGUGGAUGUCCAGCAGGGGACGCACGAGAGCGGGUUGGCACCGACAGAGGAGCCACGUUCGGAGUCGGCGCAGCAUCCUGCCGUGGAGCGGAGGCCAGAGGAGACAUUGAAGGANACGCACGAGAGCGGGUUGGCACCGACAGAGGAGCCACGUUCGGAGUCGGCGCAGCAUCCUGCCGUGGAGCGGAGGCCAGAGGAGACAUUGAAGGAGGUCGCGGGCGUGCCUCKGCCUGCGGGUUCAGUCGAGKRUGCCGUGCAUAUGUCCCCGGGUCUGGAGGACAUACCGACGGGGCAGUCAGUGGGCGUUGAUGAUAUUCGCCCAUCGGCACAGGCGGAGGGGAUAGCGCCGACCACCGGGGGGGACGGGGCCGUAGCGGGAACCGUUGGUGCUGGCGGGUCGGGGGUGCCGUCCGCGGCCGAUCCGAUGUCCACGUCUGGCGGGGGAGACCCCGCACAGGUGGACAGGCGUGACGCGGACGGACAGGAGAUGCCACAGACUUUGGUGGCUUGCACUGCUGUGGGGCCAGUGGGGCCACAUCAGGCACCGUUUUUGGAGGGUUUUAGGCGUCCUGCACAUGGCGGUGGCGCGGUCGAGGAGCGAAGGGGCUUACCUUCUGGAGGUUCCGUCACAGCGGCAUCGGGCGGGGUCGCAGGGGACUUACCUUCUGGAGGUUUGGUCGCAGCGCCAUCUGGAGGCGCCGCAGGCCCUUCGUCACCCUUGAGCGCAGCUCCGAGGGAGGGCGGCAGCCUCACCCUGAGGUUAGUUGCCCGUAGACGGAGAGACACUACCCAGCGUGCGUGGGAGUUGCUGGACACCAUGUUGUUCGGUCGCACAGAUCGACCAUGGAGUGAGACGAGACGGGUAACGACGGCGAGUGCCGGUCGUCAGCCAGGUUUGAUAGGGGUUUCCACGAGCGCGAGACAUCGAGAUGUUGUAGCUGCAGGGUUUGGCGGUAGAGGGGGUGGCGGCGGUGGCAGUGGUGGUGACGGUGGCGACAGACGUGAGGGUGCAGGCGGUGCCACGACGAGCGCAGUGGAUCCGCCACGGACGUACGGUUUGAGAGAGGCAUCGAUUAUUUUGGAGGAGCCUGAUGUUGUUACACGACUGACGCAGACCCGACACGUGCCCUUAGAUCAACACCAGGAGGGGGAGACUUCAGGGACUGACGGUCUGCCUAUGGCACGCGAGGCACGCCGACGUGAUGACCUAGCAGCAGCAGCCAUCAGGACAGUGAGAGGCAGGAGAGUCAUUAUGGACGACGAUCCCGACGAGCUUCCCGUCACUCCCGAGCCUCCAGCUGGCGGACGCGGCGGCCAGCAUCAGAGAGAUCGAGAAGGCGGCAGGGGCCGGUCCUACGGAGGAGUUUCUCAUCGGUCCCAGCGAGAUCCGCAUGUGCACGACGAUCGUUGACGGAUUAUGGACUUGCAUUUUCGUG